CUAUAAUUCGGACGAUUCAACCCAAUGGGUAACAUGAUCAGGAAGAUGACGCGGAGGAUUUUGAACCGGUGUUAGGUUCACAUCAUCGUCGCGGGAUGGAUCCUUUAGCAGUAAGCUGGCUUCGCGUAUAUCUUUCGAGGUCCCACUCCCCACAUACUCUCGUCUACUACAGAGACGCACUUGAUCGACAACGGGACGAGCAGAUGACAUGGCAGCCUUACACAACGGCUAAGAUGGACGCUCUGCCACACAUAUGUACAUCGGGCCACGAGAUUUGGAGAUCGCGUUGUCCACUUAUUUGCUUUGACAUCGUCGAGCUACAUCUCCCGGAUCGUGUCAUGCGUCAAUUCGGUUUGGAGCAAGUUAUUUCGGAUGCCUGUGACACCCAACCUCAACUACAUGCGAUCGAUCGGAGGACUGGGGACAAGAACUACGUCGUACGACAUAGAUCGCAUGUAGAUGCGUGGAAUGACCGAGCAUCUACAUUGGUUCGAGGAGAUAACUUCACAGGUCAUAGCUCUGGUAUGUACAUGAGUUGGUACAGGCGUAUCUCCAUAUUACGCCUAACGAACACCACAUUUACGCAGCCAGGAUCACAUUACCAUCCGACAUCUACGUUACUGGCUGAGCGCAUGCGAUCGGUGCUCAUACAAUGCAAUGAUACGAUUCAAGGGGCCGCUACAUCGCCAGUUGAUGUGGGGUAUCGGCUAUGUUCUCAGACCCUAGGCUCCAUUAACGCGUCAUUGACCGAUGCAUUGAGUCAGGUGGGUUAUGAGUACCUCAUACCGACUCCACCCAUCAUUGGCGAGGUAGAUGACACAUUCCACACUCCUUCUCCACGGAGUUCAGCCCACCGAGGUAGCUCUUCCGGAGGAUGCAGUUUUCGGUCCACAAGAGGUCGCCAGCGUUUAUCUAUUCGAGGUCGGUCUUCCAGAUAGCCAUCGACCUCCGGUACUAUGUCGCCAUUCAUUCCUCCAGCUUCAAUCACCACUCCUCCUCCAAAUCCAUCGCCUCCGAAAAGGAUCAUCACAUAUCAGCGUGCUAGUCAACGACGAGCUCCUGCUCUUAAUGUCAUUGCGGAGGUUGACGAGUUCACACCAUCAUCAUCCACCGGUGCGCAAAACAAAAGGGGUCGGGGAUUGUAGUUUAACAAACUUUGUAUAUUCUUAUUU